AUGACUAGUCUCAUAGGAGAAAGCUCUCAUGCUAAAAGUGCAGUAAAAAUCUGUAAAAUUUUAUUUGGGUUGCAUCCUUACAUGGGAACACAAUUCAUGGUUAACAUCAACAGUGUUUCCCGUGGAAAUCAAUCAAUCGAUAUAAAUAAUGAAAAAGAAAAUCAGGCUAUCAAAACACCUGCGAAGAAAGCCGAUAAGCAAGGGUAUUCGUACUCCUUGGCAUUUAACAAGUCCGGAAGCAAUGAAAUUAUUGAUAUGAUUAUUGGAUUUAUUAAUCAAAAGACAAAACCAAUUAAUGAUACAAAUAAUGAAAAUGAAAAUAUGCAAAUUUUAGAUCCUGUGAUCCAGAAACACUAUGAUCGUCUGACAAAACAAACAAUAGAGGAAGGCACUCAUAGAAAUUGGAUAGAAUUAUGA